CGAUCCCACGCCGCGACUACCCGGUAGUUCACGCCCGACGGGCGUGUGACCCCCCUGCGGCCACUAAGGUUGCCAAGCUCUGCUGCGCUCGCUCUACGCGGUUGUCAUAAAGAGAGACCAGGCGUUGGCGGUCGGCCCCAUGGCGAAAGGCAAGGCCAAGAAGAGGACGAGCUUUCGCUACGAGCUGCAGCUCAACAGCGCCCAUGGUGGCGGCGGUGGCGGAGGCGGCUCUAGCUUCGAGCCCUCAUCGCAGCCCGCCGCCGCCGACUCGCCGCUGGCGCUCGAGCUGUGCGCCUUGGCGCCCGCCGUGCCGCGCGAGCGAGUAGCCGAGCUCGCUGCCGUGCACGGAGACGACAUGGACACCCUCGUCAGCCGGCUGCUCGAGCUGUCCGCCUCUCUCGGCGCCGAGGGCACUCAGCCCAGCGGCAGCAGCGAGGAGGAGGGCGACGACACCAGCUUCGCCCUGCUUCCCUCGGAGCUCCUCGGCCCGCUCCUCGCCAGCCUGCCCCUCCAGGCGCUCGGAAGCCUCGCUCUCGCGUGCAAGAGCACUCGCGUGCUCGUGGCGCAGCACCUCUCCUCCCUGCGCGAGCUGCGGCACGAGCGCGAGCUCAAGGGGUGGAGCAACCGGCGGGUGCUCUCGCUGCUCCGCGCUGCGAGCGGCCUCCACUCCCUCUCGCUCGACGCCGCCGGCGACGUCGGCGCGAGCCUGCUCUCGCAGGCGCUCAGCCAGCCUGCGGCGCGACGCCUCGCUUCGCUCCGCAUUUCUGGCGCGGGCGCGCCUCGCUCGGGCUGCGACGUGCCGCUCGUCGACGCGGUGCAGGAGGUGCUGUUCGACCUCCCGGCCGAGCUUGCGCAGCUGAGCUCCCUCGCCCUCAACAGCUGCCCCGCGCUCAACGACGCCCUCGCCGAGCGGCUGGGGAGCCUGCCGCGCCUCACCUCGCUCUCGCUCGCCGAGAACCCGCAGCUCUCGCAAGAGAUAGCGCGCGCCGCCCGCGCCUUCCCAGCCCAUCUCCGCCGGCUGCAUUAUCCCCCGACAUCCCCUCAGGUGACCUCGCUGCUGCAGCGGCUGCCGCCGCUGGUGCAGCUUUCUCUGCGCGGCUGGUCCCGGCUCGGGGUGCUGCAGGUGAGCUGCGCCAGCCUCGCGCGCCUCAACGUCUCGCAGUGCACGGUGCUCUCCCUCCUCGUCGUCCGCGCGCCGCUCCUCUCCUCGCUCAACGCGUCGGGCUGCCGCACGCUCGGCGAGGUCUUCCUCGGCCGGUGCGCCGUCCUUCGCUCGCUCAACUUGGCGCAGUGCAAGGCGCUCCACGCGAUGCGCGCGCCAGCGGCAGCUCGCCUCGACACCCUCAACCUCUUUGGCUGCCGCGUGCUCCCGCCCGAGUCGCUCACGCCGCUGCUGCACACCUCCGGCGCGGCGCUCCGCCAGCUCAACAUGAAUGGCUGUGUGGGCACCAUCGACCUCUCAGAGGCGACCGUGCGCCAGCUGUGUCCACAUCUCGUCCAGCUUGACUGCCAGGGCCGGAAGGCAAAGUACUAG